AUGCAAGUGCGUCAUGCUCCCCAGACCAUGGUGGAUAUGUUCAACGAGCUAUGCCACCGUCUGAUGCUCUACCUCUCGCUCACCACUAGCACGGGCACUGCGCAGCCGCCCUUGGCGGUGCUUCACCACCAAUGUGUUUACUACUACGAAAUUACUUCGGAAUGGGACAAGAUGUUCCAGGAAGUUGUACUCGCCAAAAACACACAAGUCUCAGGCGCGCUUCGUCACAGCCCUGAGCAAAAUAUACCGAGCGGUGCAACUGCUACUGGCACUGGCCCGUAUGAGACUUUGACGCGGCAAAAGCUUCUACCCCCGGGAUAUUGUCAAUAUCUAAGCUCGCUUGCUCAAUAA